AUGGUGCAGCAGCGGGGCGCGAGGGCCAAGCGGGACCACGGUGGGCCGCCGCCCCCGGGGCCCGGGCCGACCGAGGCGGGGGCGCGCGAGCCCGGCUGGUGCAAGACCCCGAGCGGCCACAUCAAGAGGCCGAUGAACGCGUUCAUGGUGUGGUCGCAGCACGAACGGCGGAAGAUCAUGGACCAGUGGCCGGACAUGCACAACGCCGAGAUCUCCAAGCGCCUGGGCCGCCGCUGGCAGCUGCUGCAGGACUCGGAGAAGAUCCCGUUCGUGCGGGAGGCGGAGCGGCUGCGCCUCAAGCACAUGGCGGACUACCCGGACUACAAGUACCGGCCGCGCAAAAAGAGCAAGGGGGCGCCCGCCAAGGCGCGGCCCCGCCCCCCCGGCGGCGGCCGGCUCAAGCCCGGGCCGCAGCUGCCGGGCCGCGGGGGCCGCCGCACGGCGGGCGGGCCCCUGGGGGGCGGCGCGGCGGCGCCCGAGGACGACGACGAGGACGACGACGAGGAGCUGCUGGAAGUGCGCCUGGUGGAGACCCCGGGGCGGGAGCUCUGGAGGAUGGUCCCGGCGGGGCGCGCCGCCCGAGGGCCGGCCGAGCGCGCCCAGGGGCCGUCGGGGGAGGGGGCGGCGGCCGCGGCCGCCUCGCCGACCCCGUCGGAGGACGAGGAGCCCGAGGAGGAGGAGGAGGAGGAGGAGGAGGCGGCCCCGGCGGAGGAAGGCGAGGAGGAGACGGUGGCGUCGGGGGAUGAGCCGCUGGGCUUUCUGUCCAGGCUGCCCCCGGGCCCCGUCGGCCUGGACUGCAGCGCCCUGGACCGCGACCCGGACCUGCCGCCCCCGUCGGGCACGUCCCACUUCGAGUUCCCGGACUACUGCACCCCCGAGGUCACCGAGAUGAUCGCGGGGGACUGGCGCCCGUCCAGCAUCGCCGACCUGGUUUUCACCUACUGAGCCCACCGUCAGCGGGGCGCGCACGCCCCCAAACCAGCUGUUUACAUACAGGAAUCAGGUAUCGGGGCCCCUCGGAGGCCGAGGCUGGCACCCCCCACCACCACCACCUCCCGCGCAGCCUCCCCCCUCCCAGACGUGCCCAUCCCCCCCCUCCGAUCCAGACGUGCCCCUCCCCCGCAGACACACCCCAAGGCGGCCCAACCCCCACCCCGGCCCUGACAUCCAAGCCCCUCCCCACCGCGUCCCCUCCCGCACAGCCACCAGCAGCCAGCCCCCCUCCGAGGCAACUCGCGCCCUCUCCUACAGACCUGCGCCCCUCCCCCACUCUGCACACGCCCCUCCUCGUGGCCGGAGGACACGCCCCCGCGCCCGCUCUCGCGUCCUCCGCGCCGCCCGGGGAGGGGGCGCUGCGGCCGGGCGGCCCCGCGCGCUCCUCCCAUGCCCCCACCUCCGCGGGGGGAGGGGCUCGCUCCUUCGGCCCCCGGAGCUCCGGGGUCCGCCUCUCCUCUUGGGCCCACCCCCUUCCCGCGCAUGCUUGAUACUUCUUGGGAGGAGGGGGCCGAUCCCGGCCGGGCUGCACGCCUCGACCGGUCGCUCGGACUCCUUGCGGGGUGGGGGUGGGGAGGGGGCGGUGGUGGAUGCUGAGCGCUCCCGCGAAGUCCGCUGCUCCCUCUCCACCCGACGGGGUGUCGCUGCCUUAAUGGGAGGCGCACUCCCAGGCUGGCUGGAAAGGGGGGCCUGGAGCUCCCCCACGCCGCUUUGCCCGUCUUCCCCGAGGGGUCGCCCACAGCCCCGCACGCCGCCUCCCUGACUGCGUGCGUGAUGCCUUUUCAGCCUGCCUUCGGCCCCGGGAACGGCCCUUUCCUUCCCCAUCUGGUAACGGGGGGGUGGGGGGUGGGGAAAUGCUGCCCGAGAAAACGCAGCACCAGGACACGGGCCAGUCUGGGCGUGGGGUCCUUGCUGCUCCCGGCGCCCCCGCCCCCGCAGGCCCUAUCAACCUCAGGGCGCCCUUAAGCCCACCCCCCCUCCCCGGUCCACCCUUGGCAUCCGCAGUGUUCAGGGGGCCAACUGAGGCACGAGGGUGCUGGGAGUGGGGCUGGGGCCGGGCGGGUGGAGGUGGGCUGCUGCGCUCCGCGACGUGGCUGUUAGGAAGAAGUUGGACCCAGCCCUGCACCUGCGGGCCCCUGCCCCUGGCGCUGUCUUCCCCUGCAGCCCCGCCCCUCCGGCCUCCCUUACCCUUCGCCCUCACUACCUGUAUCUCGCCGGCGUGGGCCCGCCCCCCUGGGGUGGCCCCCACACACUCAUUCACACACACAAAUCUCAGGAACACACGGUCCCAGAGCCCUCCGGGCCCCCGCCCCGGUCUCGCAGGUCUCUGCCUCACGCGUUCCCGUUGCUGACAAAGCCACCAGCUGCCUCCUCUAAGCUUGGUGCUGGCCUCUGGGCCUUUCUUGCGCUCUUUCUCUGUCUCUUUCUCGUUUUCUUUUCUUUCUUUUUUUUUUUUAAGAAAAAAUAAAACAACAAAAAAGACUGAAAAAAAAAAAAAAACAGAAAGCGUCAUGUGAGCGAAGAAAUGUGGCUGGUUGUGGCCUUGGAGGGGAGGGGUCCCCGCCAGGGCGCUGGCACCCACAGCAGGACUCGGCCAGCCUGGCGCCAGGACUGAAUAAAGUGUAUUUGC